AUGUUGCCAAUUAUUUUUGCGAUCUUCGCCGCUCUGGCUGCCGCACAAUCCACGCCCUGGCCCAAAUUCGGCAACUGGACAGAAGCGUUCAAUGGCUAUGAUUACCUUCUCUCGGGACCCACGACUUUGGGCAAGAAGACCGACUUUGAACUUGAACGCUGCCAAUACGUCUGGAAUCUCAUCAACGAACGCACGAACGCGGCCGACAAGAACCUGUCAGCGCCGUACCCAGCCGAACGCUGCAUGAACAGGCUCUACGAACGCAAGUCGGCCAUUGGUGACCAGGGUUUUCUCGACAUAUUUGCCAAAGACAUUGAAGAGGCCAAGCAGUUCUGGUACAGCGUCAACGAAAAUUCGACUCUCGAUGACCCAACCACAUGGAAGGCUGUCGAGUGCCGCGCCUUGGUCCAUCUCCCCAACGUGACUGCCUGGGCGUUCUCAGCGUGGUCUGCCUCCCCCUUUGCCGACGCAGCCAACAACCGCGGCAACGCGGAGCACUACUUCAAAUACUCGGACCACACCGGGGCUAUUGGGACAUCGCAUAUCCUCGAAGGUUGGGGUGGUGUUACGACCAAUUUCAGCAUUCCCAACUACAGCCCCCAGACAUGCGCUCAGAGGCCCAUGGUCCGCCCGCUGCCGGAGUUUGCCAUAAAGGCCUGCGGCGACAAGAACCUGGUCGAUGAGAAGAGCACCAACUUUGGCGUGCUCAACAUUGCAGCUCGCGAUGUUGCUGGAUGCGAUGGCAAGAAGAGGGUGGAUAUCUAUGCAUCGAUCUGGUAUGGGAGCGGCAUCUCAGAGGAGCACCUCGAGGCGGAGCGUCAGCAUGUUAUCAUUGAGAUUGUCAAUAUGAGUCUCAAGGCACAGGAGGACAUUGAGAGCGGCAGAUUUGCGGUUCCUGCGCCCCCAACUUCUUAG